AUUUUUUUCAUCCUUUUGCUUUUCUUAGUCUUUGUUUUGCAACAAUGGUGCGCGCAUUCAAGCAUCAUGAGGCAAAGCUGCUCAAGAAGGUUGACUUUCUGCAGUGGAAGAGCGAGAACAACCUGCGCGAAGUGAAAGUCCUCCGCAAGUACCACAUCCAGCGCCGCGAGGACUACACAAAGUACAACAAGCUCUGCGGCAUCAUCCGCUCGCUCGCUUCAAAGAUCUCACUGCUGGACGACCGAGAUCCUCACAAGGCACACACAAGCAGCGCGCUGCUGGACAAGCUGUACCGAAUGGGUCUUAUUGUCACUGCUAAAGGCUUCCACCAAUGCGAAGCAGUCACAGCGUCUGCAUUCUGCCGACGACGAUUACCAGUUGUCAUGGUCCGUCUGAAGAUGGCCGAAAACGUCCGCGAGGCCGUGCAGCUUGUCGAGCAGGGCCACGUUCGAGUGGGUCCUGAUGCAGUCAACGAUCCUGCCUUCCUCGUCACAAGGCCGAUGGAAGACUUUGUGACUUGGGUCGAUACCUCCAAGAUCAGGCGUCAUGUUCUCAAGUACAACGACAAGCUGGAUGACUUUGACUUGUUGUGAAGACUUGUGUGAUUCAAUGUUUGAAGUUUCGUUCAAUACGAUUGUGCUUUUUCGUUCCAUGCAUCUGAGAGCAUCGUUCAGUGUGAUCAUUGUCUUUGGCUUUUUGUUUUGUGUUUCUCCCACCGUCCAGCAGCGCUUUG